CGAUUUGGAUCCUGAUUUGUUUUUCUUUUCUUUUUUUUUUUAAAUUUUCAACGAGUCCAUUGCUGAAGGAUUUGCGGAUUUACAGCCCGUGUUGAACCCGUGUGUAUUUUUACAAAGAGGAGAAGGAUUGUUAUGCGCACUGACUAAGCUCACCGAGCAUCAACAUGUCUUUAUGAGGAUGGAGCUGUGGACACGAGUGACAUCUUUUCCAUUUUAAACGCUUUACCCUCACAGUUGUUUUUUUUUUUUGGCCUGAUCUCGACUGUUUCCUUCCAGCAGACUGACAAUAUCUCUUUUUCGGUCCAGCCUGAUAUGUUGGGAGCUAGAUCUUCUUGCGAGAAAACAAGGUAAUGGGAGAGAAAUCACACAGAGUCGGCACAGAGAACAAGGGAACAUUGUUCGGAAAAAGACAAUUAGGGCGCACCGAAAGGCAACAGAAAUAGCUCCUGGGUGGCGAUAAAUUUCAGAAAAUUCGAUUCGGUGGAGUUAUAUUUGUGCCGAGGAGCACUGCUUUGCAGGAAGGAGGACUAAUGACAAAUUAAUGGGAAAGUCAUGGGAUUGGCUCUGAAAUAGUACGAUCGUGGACGCGCAGAAAACCCGUCGUUUUUGGAGAUUCAGGCGCACGGAUUGAAGUUUCUCCUGCACAUUCGAAGGUGGUUUUCUUUUCUUUUUUCUUGUUUUUGCUUCGAGUCAGUACAAUUUGCUGAAUUUUGGAUCCAUGAGGUUGUACACAGCAGGCUUUCACUUCACGCUCUGACUGUCUCUACCUAUAGCCUGGUCGGCUGGAGUCGCACAUCCAUUGUUUUGAGAGUCUCCUUGCAACAGCAUCGAAAACAGAAAAUAUUGGCCAAAUCUUGCAAAUGGGGCUACAUAUGCUGGGUGUCAGGGUUGAAAUGGCGUGUCGAGGAAGUGGGAAUGGAUUGGGAAUCCUGCUGGUAUUCUUACUGGAUUUACUGGGGACGACGGCCAGCAAUAUGGAGCCCAUCUACUGGAAUUCCCUGAACGAAAGGUUCAGGGACGAUAAGGGCUACGUUCUGUACCCUCAGAUUGGGGACCGGCUGGACCUCAUCUGCCCCCCGCUGGACACCGCCAGGUCCACGCCAGAGUAUGAGUACUACAAGCUCUACCUCGUGUCGUCGCGGGAGCAGGCGGACCGCUGCGAGGUGAUGGGACCCCCCAACAUUGUGCUCACCUGUGACGAGCCCACCCGCGAACGUCGCUUCACCAUCAAGUUCCAGGAGUUCUCGCCCAACCUGUGGGGCCACGAGUUCAAGAGCAUGCAUGACUACUACAUCAUCGCUACGUCAGAUGGGACGCGCCAAGGCCUGGAUAGCAUGAGAGGCGGAGUGUGUGCCACGCAAGGCAUGAAGGUGGUCCUGAAAGUGGGACAGAGCCCAUAUGGACUGCCUCCGAAGAAGGAGCCAGCAGGACGCACCACCAGCAGAAACCCAGGCGGCGCGGGGAACUCCACUCAGUCUCAAAGACCCAACAGCUUCGGGGGUGAAGGCAGCGGUGAGAACGGGCCCCUUCAGCCUUCCAACAUUGCCCUCAUCGCUGGCGCUGCGGGAGGUUCCGCUUUUCUCCUCCUGGUGACCGCUGUGAUCUGUGUCGUGUGCUACCGGCGGCGGCAUGCCAAGCACUCAGACACCCACCACCCUCCGCUGUCGCUGUCCUCGCUCACCAGCCCCAAGCGGGGAGGCGGUGGAGGCAUCACCAGCUCCAACAACAAUGGCUCCGAGCCCAGCGACAUCAUCAUCCCCCUGCGGACGUCGGACUCGGCCUACUGCCCGCACUACGAGAAGGUGAGCGGGGACUACGGACACCCAGUCUACAUUGUCCAGGAGAUGCCGCCUCAGAGCCCAGCCAACAUCUACUACAAAGUAUGAGAAGGCUGCUGAUCCGGCCGACUGGACACACCCACCUCCCUCCACCCAUUACCGACAAAUUCCCUGCUCCAAAUGAAGCCACAGCAAAGCUUGCCAUCAUAGCUCCGACCCUGAACCCCUCAAUACUACCAGUGUUGUCCCUCGGACCCCACUACUCACUGCUCCGUGAGCCCACACCCCCGGCCACAGUUGUGUUCCUAGCUGAAUAAACCACCCCACCCCAUUCUCACACAACUGGGCCACUAAGUGUGUGUUAAGGGCAAUGUCGUAACCGUACAUAGCCCUUCUUAACAAUGCCCUCACGAAUGGGCAAGAGCCUCUGAGUGCCCCCUUCUUGUUAGCUCAGAGCUAAAUGAGCCCCACCUGUGCUGAAUAGAAGAGUCGUUCCCCCAAACGCCAGUGUGUAUGUGCAGCACACACUCCUUUUUUUUUUUUUUUUAGGAGUUUGGAGGGGCUUUGGGACAUGUGAUGUUUUAAAAAAGAAAAAAGAAAAGAACUACAACAAUAACAAUAAGAAAAAAAAAAAAACGAAAAAAAACCCUACACCCCUGAACCCACUUAACGCUGGAGAACUCUGAUUCCCAGAGGCCAUACCUGCCUAUUCCCACCACCCCGCCCCUCAGAGCUCCGUCAGCCAACCAGAGACCGGCCCCUGCCACUGACUCACCAAUAGGAUUCUAGUUUGUUUGUGUUUGUCUCUCCUGGGAAGACAGGGGCCUCGGACUCCCCCAAUCAGCAAGCCCGGGCCGCGGUCACAUGACCAGGCCCAGGCCUGAGGAGGUCUGACCAAUCGGUGACACUCAGAAUCUUGUAUAUUUUAAUAAUAUGUGUGUGUGCGUGUGACUGUGCGAGCGUGCAUACGACUUGGAUAAUAAUUAUGGCGCUGCUGCUCCACAUUAGAUGUGUGUGUGCAGUUAGUGUGCUUCAGUACAGCAAGUUUGCAUAUGAGUUUGCAUAUGCGUGUGUGGGGUUUAGUUUGCGUGCGUGUGUAAGCUUUGUGUGCGAGUGAUUGUGCGUACGCGUGCGUUCUUUAGACUUGUCUUAAAUACCAAAACACAAAAUAGUGAGCGAAUAUCAAAAAAGUGAGAUUUUUUAUCGCUAUCAACACUUAUAGAUUAUAUAUAUGAAUAUCCAGUAAAUAAUUUCUAGAUGUUUUCUUCUGUUUUCUAUUGUUUUAUUAUUUUUACCCACUCUGUUAAACUACAUUUCUGUUGCUAGACAUUUUUUACCUGCUGUUUUUGUUUUUCACAACUUAGAACGACCUUGUUUCCUUCCUUUUCCCUUUGCGUUGUAUAUUAAUUUAAUCCCUUUUUUUUCCUGGUGAACAGAGGUUGUUUCUCUCUUCCUCUCUUCCCUCUCUCAUUCACUCCCUCCUUCCCUCCCUCCUCCUCCCCCUCCCUCCCCUCUAGGGUCUCUGAACUCUGUGUAUAUUUUUAUAGCUCCUUGUACUAUGCUGUAGUUUUGAAGUUUAGACCUCGUUUGUGGAAGUGUUGAGGUAGAACCAUCUAUGAAAGUUUUUUUUUUUUCAAACGCUUUUUUUGAAACGCAGAAGUGAAAAGAAGUGAGGGGCAGGGGGGAGGUGGUGAUGGCGGG